GCUGUUGUCCCCCUUUAAAAUCCUCACCUGGGGAAAGAGGCUCAGGUGAAAGUCUUUGGUUAUCUCUGAGCCCGGCCACCACUCCAGCCGGAAGAGGAGGCAGCUUCUCUUCUCCGAGGGAAGCUAGAUAAGAAGAGCUUCCCUGCAGCAGCCCCACCCAGGCUGGAAUCUCCAAGGGGGCUGGAGGGAUGUGCAGCAGCCACCAUGGCCCAAGUCCCCCUCCCCUGCUUUUUCCUCCUCUUCUUGCUGGACCUCGUAGGCCCCUCGCAGGUUGUUUUGAUGGAGCCUGGGAAUGGAAGCAGAGCGGCAGCUUGGACCCUAAGGCCGAGGCAGUUGGAGUCUGGGGAGGAGGAGGUGGGGCUGGGGAGUGAGCUGGCAGGCAAAUACCCCACCGGAGGAGGAGGGCCAGUCCUGGCGGAGAAGAUUCCCCAGCCGGGCUGGGAGGCAGCAGCCACCCAAGCGAGUGGAGCCCGGUGGGCUGGGGAAGUGGCAGAAGAGAGGAGCCCAGAGGAGACCCCCACUGCUGGGCCCAGCCCCACUGGGCUGCCACAGACCCCCAGCAACAGCAGCAGCCGCCGCCUUGGGCAGCAGUGUGGCAGCUGGCUGGUGAAGACCGGCCUCGUCUGUGCCCUGGGGGUCUUGGUCAUGGUGGGCAACGGGGCCGUCAUCGCUGUGAUCGCCUCCUCUGUGUCCGGCUGGAGCCACAGCAGCCGCCUGGUGCUGCUCUCGCUGGCCGCAACCGACGCUGCCCUGUCCCUGCUGGUGGUGCCCCUCAACCUGUACCGCAGCCUGGGCUUGGGGCUGGUGGGCGCGGAGGAGAGGGCCGGCGAGGGGGAGGCCCCCUAUUGCCGGGCUGUGGCCUUCAUCAACUCCAGCAUCUUCGGCGCCUCCCUCUACUCCCUGGCCGGGGUCUCACUGGAGCGCUACGUGGCCAUCUUCUUCCCCCUCCGCUACGGCCACCUCCUGAGCCCCCGGCGGGUGGCCCUCCUCAUUGCCACCGCCUGGCUCCUGCCGGUGCUGGUGCUGCUGCCGCUGGCCGUGCCGGGCCCCCGGGCGGUGCUGCGGGUCCGCUUCUCCGGGGCGGCCCUGCUGUGCGAGCCCGACUACGGCUCCAACACCGCCUACUCCCUCGUGAUGGCCGGCACCGUCUUCUGCCCGGCUGCCGGCACCAUCACUUUUGCCAACUUGCGCCUGUGGCUGGCGGCCCGCGCCCAAAGCCGGCGAGGGAAAGGCCCAGGGGAAGAGGCCCGGCUGAAGAGGCAUUGCCUGCUGCCGCUGGAUAAUGCUUCCCGCAUUCUGGGGCCGGUGGUUGUCGCUUUCUACGUCUGCUGGGCGCCCUGCAUAGGCACCAUCCUGUACAAUGCCAUCACUCAAGAAAGAGUCCACGAGUGGGUGGAGUUCGUGGCCUUGUGGCUCCCCACCGGCAGCGGCUUCCUCAACUGUUUCGUCUACUUCUGGGUCAACAGAAGCUUCCGGCACAAGUUCCAGAAGGUUGGGCAUCAGCUGUGCAGGCCCUGCUGCUGUAGACUCCCACCCCAGCACCAUCUCCCCACCAUCAGUGCUGCUGUGGAGGAGGGCUGCGUGGGGCAGGCGGGCCCUCCCUGCAGCUUGUCCUCCUCCAGCAGCCUUCUGCUCUCCCAGGGAGCCCAGACCAGUCUCUAGCGGACUCUUCUUACUCCGCGCAGACCUGCAGGGCGUGCCAGAGUGAAAGGCUUCUCUGCAGACGGCCAAAACUUACUCUGCAGGCGGGACUCACUUGGGAGCCUGAGCAGAAGGCGGCGGGCGUGCAAGGGCGAGUUGCAUUGUGAUGCUCUCCUGAGACUUCAGAUCCUGCUGAACUGUGCCAGCCAAACCGAAAAGGCCUUGGGUGGGGCCUUGGCUGGAGCGGCUGCUGAUGGGGGAAUGCCGCGCUCUGCUCAAAGCUGAGAUGGCCAAGGAGCCAGGAAUGAAGCUGUGUCCUCCUGCCCUGGCUUGUUUGCUCUCCUUCUCCAGGGCCAACAAGACGGCAGCCAUGGAGAGCUACGUUGGCAGCAGGGGUGAUGCUCGUGGAGUCACUGUAGAAAAAGGCUGGGAUUUUUAGAUGAAGCUGCUCUGGGGGAAAUCAAGCGGCAACUCAGCCUGUGGAAAUGGAGAGGGGGGACAUCUUGCAUCUUAUUUGCCUGCUCUGGAAUAACUGGUGUUUGCUCCAGAACACCCACUUCAAUGCCUCUCUGCCUCUCCACUCUCCCCCUUUCCCUCUAUUUUCCCAUUUCUCUUCUCCCUCCACCCCCACAGCCCACACACACCCUCAGCAACCAUCUUGUUCCACAGGGCUGUGAAAAACUUAGCAGUAGCCAAGAGGAUACUCCUUAAAAAAGAGAGAAAAACUAUGAAGUUCAUGACCUGUACUGUGCCACAACUUCAUUUUGAAUGCUCAUUUUAGCAUCCAGCCUCCGUCUUGCAUUUGGGUUUUAAGAGUAGAAUUUUAGCUGAUCACCCGCCCCCCUCUGCUCUGUGUGACUGGCCUGAGGUCUCUCUCUGUGAGUGAGAGAUCCCUGGUCAUCUUUACAAGCACUCCAUGUUCCUUGGAGAACAAACCAUCCUGUGGGGAGAAAAGGGGUUCUUUGAGGCUCACCUGAGCUUCAGACACACUCCAGUGGCCUUUUAAAGCAUGUUGAAUUGGUCUUACGAAUGCUCAAGCAUGGGCCUAUGGCAUAGCCUCGUUGUCUUGGUACGUCUUCUCCAAAACCAGAGCUGAACCAGGAGGUGGUCAGUGACAAGAGAGGUGUGUGUCAAUGCGGCUUCCACAAGGCCACUGCUGCAAGACCCACUAAGAGUCCAGUGUCUAUUGACUUCGCCACAUGGGGGUGGGGGGGGCAGAGAGAAGAGCCCUUGCGUAAUAGGUCCUUGUUUCCAGAAACUGGCAGGGGUGGUGGUGCUUGUGGCACCCUACAACUCUGGGGCCACAAACGGCACCUCCUAUCUUCCGAGCACAGCCAGACCUCAUAUCCUGUUUCUGCUGAGUUGGUUUCCACACCAGCCCUCUUUCUCUUUUCACUCCUGUCUUUCUUUCAUAACCCUUAUAUUCUAGACUUCUUGUUGUUUGGAUGGGGAGCAGAGAAAGGCACUGCACGGACCAAGGGCUCUGCUUUAUUUCUUCCUACUCCCCCCAAGUUUGAGAAGAUCCGAGGGCUUACAGACAUGUGAUAAAAAAUAUACUAUUGUGUGUAGAGACCACCGAACUGCAGGGGUGGGGGUGCCUCUUUCCGGCCUCCACCAGAGGUGCAACAGGUAAUUUUGUGUAGAGGGGAAAAGUGGAAUGGGGCAUAUUUUUUAGUUGCAAGCAAGUUGGGCUAGCAUCUCCUCCAGAGUCCCUGUUCAGAAAAGGUGCCUACAUUCAUGAUAGAUGGUGAAUAGCAAGAUUGUCUUGUGUUUUCUGUGCUCUCCCAUCCCCGAUAUUUCGGCCUUUGUCAGUCUGGAGUUCUCUCGCACUCUGUGGCUGCAGCAGGGAUCAUAGAAAAAAUCCAUUUGUAUUGGAUUAAUACUAAUUUUUUUAAAGUGUACUUUGUGACAUGAAAUGAUUUGACAUGACAUGAAAUUAUUAUUAGAAAAUUUUGGAAAUCCCAAACCUUUUUCUAAAGCUACCCAUUUUAUUGCUGUCCAAGCCUUUUUUAGAAAAAAAACCCAAUCAUUUAGUGCUUUGGAAUUCAGUUUAGAUAACUCUCCCCCACUUCUUCUGAUCUAGAUGUGCUUCUUUGGGGGGAGAAAGUUUCAAUGUAAAAAGAUAAAAUUAAAAUAAAGAUGUGUUUGAAUUAUU